AGAACCAACAACUGGUCCAAAUGGUGGAGAAGAUGAAUCUAUCCAGAAGAUCAUUGCUGCUGGCCACAGCAUUUGCUCAGCCCCAGAAGAUGUUCAGUGUAGAGCUAGUUUAUAUCCCAAUCUUCCCCUCUCCGAUGUAGGACAGGCUGUUACUUGUAAUCCAGUUGUCGGUCUUGUGUGUCAAAAUAAUGAACAAGGACUCAAGAAACAGUGUUUGGAUUAUGAGAUCCGAGUCAGGUGUUGUUCAUGUCAUCACACUACAUCUACAACCUCUCCUACAACAACAAUUACGACCACAACAGUUCCACCAACUACCACCCCAGUUUCAACAACCACUCCCACAAAAACCUCACCUACUUCUACUACCAAACCCACAACAACGCCUUUUUCAACAACAACUACACCAACAACUACAGCCUGUUUGGGUAUAAUGACCUGUGAAUGGUCAGAUUGGUUUAAUCUUGGAGCACCAACAACUGGUCCAAAUGGUGGAGAAGAUGAAUCUAUCCAGAAGAUAAGAGCUGAUGGGCACGACAUCUGCUCAGCUCCUGAAGAUGUUCAGUGUAGAGCUACUCUUUACCCAACUCUACCAAUCAAAGAUCUUGGGCAGACCAUAACUUGCAAUUCAAGGGUUGGACUAGUCUGUGAAAACAAAAUGCAGACUUCCAAACAAGACUGUUUGGACUAUGAGAUCCGAGUUAGGUGCUGCACCUGCCGUCCGAUUACAACUACAACAACUCCUUCAAUAACAACAACUGCACCACCUAUUACCAGACCUGUUGUAACAACAACACCUACAACAACCGCGCCUACAACUACUACAAUACCCACAACUCCUUCUACAACCUCUCCUACAACGAAAACUACCCCAGUACCAAGUACUGAAACACUGGUAACAGUGACCACAUCUACAACAACAACUACCAUAACAACAACUGCAUCCCCAACUACGACAACUGUUUCGACUACACCACUUGCUACCACAAGCCCAACUGCUCCAAACUGUUCUGGAAUAAUGACUUGUGAUUGGUCAGACUGGUUUAAUCUUGGAGAACCAACAACUGGUCCAAAUGGUGGAGAAGAUGAAUCUAUCCAGAAGAUCAUUGCUGCUGGCCACAGCAUUUGCUCAGCCCCAGAAGAUGUUCAGUGUAGAGCUAGUUUAUAUCCCAAUCUUCCCCUCUCCGAUGUAGGACAGGCUGUUACUUGUAAUUCAGUUGUCGGUCUUGUGUGUCAAAAUAAUGAACAAGGACUCAAGCAACAGUGUUUGGAUUAUGAGAUCCGAGUCAGGUGUUGUUCAUGUCAUCACACUACAUCUACAACCUCUCCUACAACAACAAUUACGACCACAACAGUUCCACCAACUACCACCCCAGUUUCAACAACCACUCCCACAAAAACCUCACCUACUUCUACUACCAAACCCACAACAACGCCUUUUUCAACAACAACUACGGCAACAACUACAGCCUGUUUGGGUAUAAUGACCUGUGAAUGGUCAGAUUGGUUUAAUCUUGGAGCACCAACAACUGGUCCAAAUGGUGGAGAAGAUGAAUCUAUCCAGAAGAUAAGAGCUGAUGGGCACGACAUCUGCUCAGCUCCUGAAGAUGUUCAGUGUAGAGCUACUCUUUACCCAACUCUACCAAUCAAAGAUCUUGGGCAGACCAUAACUUGCAAUUCAAGGGUUGGACUAGUCUGUGAAAACAAAAUGCAGACUUCCAAACAAGACUGUUUGGACUAUGAGAUCCGAGUUAGGUGCUGCACCUGCCGUCCGAUUACAACUACAACAACUCCUUCAAUAAAAACAACUGCACCACCUAUUACCAGACCUGUUGUAACAACAACACCUACAACAACCGCGCCUACAACUACUACAAUAACCACAACUCCUUCUACAACCUCUCCUACAACGAAAACUACCCCAGUGUUGUUCAUGUCAUCACACUACAUCUACAACCUCUCCUACAUCAACAAUUACGACCACAACAGUUCCACCAACUACCACCCCAGUUUCAACAACCACUCCCACAAAAACCUCACCUACUUCUACUACCAAACCCACAACAACGCCUUUUUCAACAACAACUACGGCAACAACUACAGCCUGUUUGGUGACCACAUCUACAACAACAACUACCAUAACAACAACUGCAUCCCCAACUACGACAACUGUUUCGACUACACCACUUGCUACCACAAGCCCAACUGCUCCAAACUGUUCUGGAAUAAUGACUUGUGA